CCGAGAUUUUUGUAACGGUAUACUGUAAUUGUAUUAAGUAUUAAAACUAAAUGUGAAUUGAAAACGCAUUUGAUUUCAUGCGACAAAUAAAUGCCACCAAAACUCAAACCAAUAAGUGAUUUGUUUUAAGACAUGAAUUAUGGCUGAAGUGGGAGUCAAUCCAUCACUUGCUGCCGACGAUAUGAGUGCCGAUGACAGCGAAGAGGAAGUGGAGCCGAAGUUGACGUACGAGCGGAUCAAUAAUGACGUGUCAGUGAUCCUCAAGAAGGAGUCGGCCACUUGUCUGGCCGUCCACUCCCGGUUCAUAGCAUUGGGCACACAUUUGGGCAAAAUAUAUAUUAUAGACGUUUUGGGCAAUAGAGUCAAUGAACGGGAACUGCCUUUGCAUAAGUUAUCCGUCAAUCAGAUCAGUAUCGAUGAUAUGGGAGAAUAUAUAGCCACCAGUUCUGAUGAUAGGAUAGUAAUCAAUGGUUUGUAUUCAACGGACAACAACUAUCACUCAUCUUUCGACCGACCCGUCAGAGCCAUAGCUAUUGACCCGAAGUUUAAGACCACAAAGCGUUUUGUUGUGGGAGAAGCUGAUAGGGUACUCCUAUUCGAGAAGACACUUCUGGCCCGAUAUAGGACUACAGUUCUGCAGCAAUCGAGAGGUCACAUCCGAAACAUCCGGUGGCGAACCAACUUCAUCGCGUGGGCCAGCGAUCAGUGCGUUAAGAUAUACGACGUUCAGGACAGGGUUGUCAUCACUUGUAUUAAUAGGGAAAAAGAUAAUGACCUCCAGAGGUUUAGACCGGAACUGUUUCGCUGCCAUUUCUGUUGGAAAGACGACAGGACUUUACUGAUAGGAUGGGCCGACUCUAUAAAGAUAUGUUGUAUAAAACAGAAACAAAACAGCAGUGAACUGCCCCGUCGUUAUGUCGAACUCACCGCCUCAUUCAAUGUAGGGUUCGGUGUCUGUGGUAUAGCGCCGAUAGAGUCCAAACUAGUGGUGCUUUGUGUCAAUAAAGACGCCAACGAAUUAAACAACUCUUACAACUGUAGGGUUGAAGUGAUAGAACCCAUUGGGACUGAUAAUUACGAAGAGAUAUCGAGUGACAUAUUGUCUCCAAAGUCGUUCAACAGUUGUCGCAGUAAUGACUAUCACGUCGAGUGCCUACCAGAAGAAGGACUGUAUCUGAUUCUGUGUCCCAAAGACCUAAUUGUGGCCAAACCUCGCGAAGAGGACGAUCACGUGACGUGGCUUCUGGAGCACCAACAGUACGAGGAGGCGCUGGAAGUC